UGACUGCCAAACAUGUGACGUCAUUACACUAGCGUUGGCGUCCAGUCUACCGUGAAUCAACGCUUCCAGUUUCUCUCGUUCUUCCUUAGAAAUCCAGUUAGUGUAAACAGCCAGCAGACAAACCUGAUCCGUCCCUCUCUCCUACAAGAAAACGUUUAGAACGUAUGACGAUCCACCCCAUCCACAGGUGAAGAUGUCCCUCUCUGGCUGGGUGUGUGUGGUCACUGGUGCCUCCAGGGGAAUCGGCAGGGGAAUAGCGCUCCAGCUUUCAGAGGCCGGAGCUACCAUUUACAUCACAGGGCGGCAAGAGAAGACCCUGAAACAAACUGCUGCAGAGGUGACUGAGAGAGGUGGAAAGUGUAUUCCAGUGAUAUGUGAUUCCACCAAGGAUGAAGACAUUAAGGCCCUUUUUGAAAGGAUCCAACAAGAGCAGGAUGGCAGACUGGACAUCUUGGUGAACAAUGCCUAUGCUGGAGUUAAGGAUAUCUUUGAUAACAUGGGGAAGAAGUUCUGGGAAACGGAUCCAUCUAUCUGGGAUUCUGUCAACAACACAGGCCUGAGGGGGCACUACUUUUUCUCCGUUUAUGGGUCCCGCUUAAUGGUGGCCCAAGGUCGGGGUUUAAUAGUGACCAUUUCCUCUAUGGGUGGGCUGCGCUACCUCUUCAAUGUGCCAUACGGGGUUGGUAAAGCAGCUUGUGACAGGCUGGCAGCCGACAUGGCGGUUGAGCUGAAGAGCCGGGGAGUGACUUCCAUCAGCCUGUGGCCGGGACCAGUACAAACAGAGCUUGUGUCACAGUUGGUAAUCCAGAAGGAUACACCACAGGGUUUGGACUCCAAGUUUAAGGACGUAUUUUCCAACGGGGAAACCACAGAACUAAGCGGGAAGUGCAUUGUCAGCCUUGCUAAUGAUAAAAAUCUGAUGUCUCUGACUGGGAAGGUGCUCAUGACGUGUGACCUGGCCAGACGCUAUGGGUUUAAAGAUGUCGAUGGGCGGGAUGUACUGGAUUUCACUUCCCUUAAAUUCCUCCUGAGCCAGGUCCCGUACCUCUCCUGGCUCUCAGCAGUCAUCCCGUCAUUUCUUCACCUGCCUCGCUUUGUGCUCACGCUGGCUAACGGUCGCUUCUAAAAGUCCCCCUGCAUCAAUCCCCAAACCACUAUUCUAUAAACCAGUUAUACUAUCCUAACCAUUGCUAAUUAACUAAAUGAAUAAGCUCUUGACUGUUUUAUGAAGAUGGGACUUUUAGAUUAUCAUACAGAAGGGGAGACGCAAUAAAGAAGGUCCACAUGAAGAAUGUUUUAACAUGUACACUAAUAUCAGCCAAAACUAACCCCUCAGUGUGUGUUGUAACAUCAGUGUGAUAUUUUCUAUGAAGCUGUGCAGCUUAAGAAAAAAAAA